AAACAUAGCUAAACGAACGGAGUUAACUUUUAAAGGUAAGAUUUAAAGUGUACAGUAGUGAUUGAUUUUGGAUCUGCUAUCAAUAAUAAGAUGCAGGAGGUAAAUGUAAAUGUAAAUUUAGACAGUGAAGUGGUGAGAGCCAGUGCAGAGGCUCAGGCGUCAGGGCGCCUCACCCCCCUCAUCAAGGUGGAGCUAUGGUCCAAGAUACAAGCCAGGAGACUGUCGGAGGGGAAGGAGGAAAUGGCGGUCCAGUUCUCGCCACCACAGACAACGCCAAUGACAGAGGAAGAAGAAGAAAAGUGUAAAAAGCGAAGAGAGUGCAAUAAGGAAGCCGCGCAAAGAUGCCGGGAGAGAAAGAAGGAAAAACAGAAAAACGAUGAAAAGGAGCUGACCAGUCUUCUCCUACGGAACGAGGAGCUUAAAGACACCAUUAAAAACCUGGAGGAAGAAAUGGUAUUUUAUCAAGGUAUGCUUAGCAUACAAACCUCUAACCAAAUCGAGACUGGACCGGCAUCACCCGAGCAGCAGGUGCCCGGGCUAUGGACGGUGGAGGAGGACUUUUUAGAGCAGUACUUGUGAUGCAUGCGCUCUACAGUUGUCGUCCCUACCAGGUCACUAGUCGCUGAAGGAUGACUGCAUGUUGUUAAAGAUGUGAAUACGAGAUGUAUUCUUUUUUAUAACAUUUUUUGAUGCUAUAUUGUUCAUUUUUUUUUCAAAUGAAAAUUUUUUAAUACUCCUAUCAUUUAAUCAAACACGUAUUUCUUACAUUUGGUUUAAAAAAUUUCGGUGAUUUUCUUUUUCUCAUUGAAACAGUUUUUGUAGUCAACUUUUCUUGAGAACUCGGAUACAUUUAUAUCUUUUCAUUUUUCAUCCAUAUUCUAGACUUAGUUCUCAGGGAAAAUAAACAGACAAGUCUCCAUUACUAAUCAUUCCACUCAUAAAUUCUCACUUACCUUCCGCUGUCUGAAUCAAAAUGGCAUGUGAUGUUGUAUAUAGCGUUGAUUUCCUUUGUUGUUCUUGUUUGGUUGUAAGCGCUGCUGUACAUAAAAUGCAUUGAACAGUCAGAAUUAUAUUAUAUGCAUUACAUUGUUAAGUCAGUCGAGGUUUGUUUUACUUUCUAAUCUUUUAUGUUUUAUUGUUUGACAAAAUGUUUUGUUCGUUUAAUAUCAAAUGUCUAUGAUAGAUUAGAAUACGCAUAUUAGUUAGUUUUUGUUUAUAGUGACUUGUAUCACAACUGGGCAUUAUAGAGCUGAUUUGACUUUUGUAUAUUUUUCAUGCUUCCAGCUUAAAAAGCGGUGUUUGAUGAUUAUAUUGACUUCAAAGCUUACAAGUGUGUGAAUGUUCAAUGAUGAUUAGUCAUUGUAUAUGGCGGUGAACGGAUUUGAUUUUCUUCAGUAAUGACGCUGUCUCUGGUCACAUUACCGUUCAUUUCUCCAUUAGUUCAUCAGCAGUUAUCGUCACCACCAUAGUCUAUCAUUUGGUGCAAACAAAAAAUAUCUGUGCCAUCUUUAUAGCAAAAUAAGCAUUGGUUUGAAUGUUGUAUGUAGUUAUGUUUUCAGGGAAAUUCAACAUCGAUUGGUUAAUAUAGCUGACGAAAAACCAAUGUCGAGAAUUUUUUUCUACUUUUUUUAUUUUUGAGAAAGGUAUUUACAUCUGAGAAUGCUGAUGAUUAAGGAAGUUUUAAAUCAAAAUGCUGUUUAUAUUCAUGUGUUCAAAGCUCAAGCACACAGCUGCCAAAUUAACAGUUUGUCAAAAGAGCUGACAGUAUUGUACAAUUAUUAUAUAUUUUUAUACUUGUUAUAUGUGAAAUAAAAUGUCUACGUA